CGUUCACGAGUCGGACAUCGCUACUCCCUCAGAGAAAUUGACAGCAGCUGGGUCGCCUGUGUGAGCAAACCCGAAGGACAGACACGGCAGAAAAUAAAACUCUGCCGUUACAGUGGGCUCCCCCUUCCCCUUUCCCCCACCGUUUGAGCGUACAUAUCAACGAACCGACCCGGACGAGCGCUCUGACUCCGUUUCCCCGCUCUUACAGCGGAGCGGUCAGGACUUUUCUUCCUCGCGAACUGAAACGUCAGUAGCUUAGCCGAGCUAGCGGGCUAACGCGACUAGCUGGGUUCAGCUACAAGGAGGAAUUACAAUUAUUCCACCGAGAGACACUGAAGAAUGUCGGGGAAGGAGCAGAAUAAACAAUCCACCACCGAACGGCUUGUAAAAGCAGUGCCAUACCCUCCCACGACGCGGCUCACCUUGAAAGAGCUGUACGAGGAUGGCAAGCCCAAGCUGGAGCUUUUGAAGAGCCACCUGGUGAAAGAGGGCCGCCUGGAGGAAGACGCAGCGCUAUGCAUCAUCAACGACGGUGCCAACAUCCUUCGCAAUGAGAAAUGCAUGCUGGAAGUUGAGGCCCCCAUCACAGUGUGCGGAGAUGUCCAUGGGCAGUUUUUUGACCUGAUGAAGCUCUUCGAGGUGGGGGGUUCCCCGCACAAUACACGCUAUCUAUUUUUGGGAGACUAUGUGGACCGAGGCUAUUUCAGUAUUGAGUGUGUGCUCUACCUGUGGGCCUUGAAGAUAAACCAUCCGAGCACCCUCUUCCUCCUCAGAGGCAACCACGAGUGUCGGCAUCUCACGGAGUACUUCACCUUUAAACAAGAAUGCAAGAUUAAGUACUCAGAACGCGUGUAUGAUGCCUGCAUGGAUGCCUUUGACUGCCUUCCCCUGGCCGCUCUGCUCAACCAGCAGUUCCUGUGCGUUCACGGAGGCCUGUCCCCCGAGAUCACCUGCCUCGAUGACAUCCGGAAAUUAGACAGGUUUAAAGAGCCGCCAGCUUUCGGGCCGAUGUGCGACCUGCUGUGGUCUGACCCUGGCGAGGACUACGGCAGUGAAAAGAGCUCGGAGCACUUUUGUCACAACAGUGUGAGAGGAUGUUCCUAUUUCUACAGUUACCCUGCAGUAUGUGACUUUCUGAUGAAUAACAACUUGUUGUCAGUUAUAAGAGCACAUGAAGCCCAAGAUGCAGGGUAUCGAAUGUACAGAAAAAGUCAGACGACAGGCUUCCCCUCUUUAAUCACAAUCUUCUCUGCACCAAACUACUUAGAUGUGUAUAACAAUAAAGCUGCUGUGUUGAAAUACGAGAACAACGUCAUGAACAUCCGGCAGUUCAAUUGCUCUCCUCACCCGUACUGGCUGCCCAACUUCAUGGACGUGUUCACGUGGUCACUGCCCUUCGUCGGGGAGAAAGUAACCGAGAUGCUAGUCAACGUGUUAAACAUCUGCUCUGAUGAUGAGCUCAUGUCAGAGGGAGAUGAUACAUGUGAAGGUGGCACCCCGGCAGUCCGCAAGGAGGUGAUCCGAAAUAAGAUUCGUGCCAUUGGCAAGAUGGCCAGAGUUUUCUCUGUUCUUAGAGAGGAGAACGAGAGUGUGUUGCAGUUAAAGGGCUUGACCCCCACUGGGACGUUGCCUCUGGGUGUGCUGUCAGGUGGCAGACAGACCCUACAGAGCGCCACCGUAGAAGCAGAGGAAGCACGAGCCAUCCAAGGCUUCAACCCUCAACACAAGAUCCAAAGCUUCGAGGAAGCACGCGGACUGGACCGGAUAAACGAGCGAAUGCCUCCGCGCAAGGACAGCAUCCAGCCAGACGGCACUGCCAACUCCAUCAACGCAGCCAAUUCCCCCGACAAGAACGGCACCAACGCUCAGGCGUAGUAACCCAGCAGCUACCUAGCGCUCUCCCUCAUCCUUUCCUUUCUGUCUCUCUCUUAUUUCUCGUCUGUCUCUCCCUCUGUUUUCCUCUUAUUCUCUCUCUUUUUGGUGAGGUGAUGCCCCCUACAUGCAAAACUCUCCAGGACCGUUUCGGGGAGAUUCGCACAAUACCAUGAAGAGGACGUAGUGAAAAACAAACCAUGGUUCUUAUUUAUUUACUGAGAUAGAUGAUAAGAAAUGUAAGAUCUGUAAUGGUGGGAAAAUUGAGAUGAAUGAAUACGUGCAUGAUGAAUAUUACAAGUGUAUAUAAAAUACAGAAUAUAUAUAUAGACGUAGCAUUGGGGUGGUGUAAGGUCAUCUUAGAUUCAGUAGGUAAAAGAAAAAAAAAAUCAAUUUUGUACAUUUACGUUUAUAAAUUAGACUUCUUUCUGAUUUUUUUUUUUUUUUUUUUUUUUUUUUUAAACAUCCAAGACUUGCUCUGCAGAAUUUCUUUAUCAUUGUUUGUGCGCUUGGCAAAAUAUUUCUUGACCCAGCAUAAUUAUAUAGAAUGCUUAUUUGUGAAUAAUACCCAAAGCGAGUAUGAUGAUUGUUGAUGCAAAACAAAACAAACAAAAAAACAUUUUGGUAUUGAAACAAUAUGUGGAAAAAUACCUUCAUAAUGCCAAUUAUAGCUAAGAUGAGUGCAUUAAUUACAAGUGUUGACACGUGUAUAUGUACAUGUACAUUUUCAAGUGUUCUCUCAACCAAAUGUCAUGUUUACUUUUGUUCAUUAGUUUUCUUUUUUCUUGUUCUUAAUUCAAACUACACCAAUUUGUAAUCAAAAAGGUGAAAAAAAUCAAAAACCAUCCCUGACGUUUCGCAAGAUGGUUGGAGAAGCGUUUGUCUGCAUUUUUUUUGUUUACUUUUACCAUCCAUUUUGUAGUCACUCAAACUUGUACAUGCCUCUACAGUAAUUUUGCACACUUUUAGACCUUUCAUCGUUUUGCAAAUACCACAGUGGUUAAAGGCGUGAUGCUAUGAAUUUAUGCUGACUUUUUUUUUUUUUUUUGCUAUCCUGCUUCAGCAGUCAAAUGAAUUCUAUGAUGUGUGCGUUAAAUGUGAUUGGUGGACGUUAAACAUCUCAGAAAAUGUGCAUGCAUGCCUUACAUCUUGCGUCUCAUCUCUGCUAAAGUAACGCAUAUGAAAUUUGUGAAACCAAAUGUUUUUCUAUUGCCUUUAUUUUCCAUUUCUACGAAACCGUUGUAGCCCACAAGUUGAACGUGUUAAUUCAAAUCAUGUAAAUAAUGUACCUUUAAUAGUUUGCAUCAGCAAACUUGUUAUAAGUAUCUUCAGCGCUAGUAUUUCUAUAGCUGAGCUGUGCGCUCUUCUAAAUGCCUGUAUUCUCUAGAGUGGACCAUUUUCCACGCAUAUGGUUGGCUGAAGUCUCAUCUUUGCAUUUACCUGAAGCAAGGCAAUGUUAGUUUUUGAUAGCUUUUUCUGUAGUGUGCGUUUUGAGAAUUAAGGACAUGAUUUGCAAGAACUGUUUACCAAAUGGUCUUUUCAAACCUUUUGUUUUCUGUACCAUUAUUGUUGCAUAAUAAUCUGGCGACUGGAGAUUUUCGCCGCGCAAAGACUCCAACUUCCUGUGCGUUACACAUUUGAGGUCAUGUGCCAUGCUAAUAACUGUAGCAAGAGUUCUGUGUGCAUGCAUUGAGACUGUUGCUCACACAUGUAUUUUCCAAUCUUUUUUUUUUCUUUUUUUUUUUUUACGCUGCAAGCAGUUCAGGGUCUGUAUUUCUUGCGCAAUACUUUUCAUGGUGCACAUCUUAAAACAAGACUUGGCGAGGGUAAACCUGCAUGUUAUCAUUAUUGUAUUUAAAAGUAACUCUCAUCCAAAGACAAUUCAGUGUUUUAAUGUAAUAUAUGGCUUUAUUAUUAACAAAAGAAAAAAAACAACAACUGCUGAUUUUAUACGAUCGCUGCCUCUUCGUUUGCUUGAGAAGAGGUGAGCGCUCAAUCAGCGAUGUAGUCAUGUAGACACUCAGCAAAGAAAAAAAAUGUCUCGGUUAAGUUAAAGGGAUAGUUAACCAAAAAAUGAAAAUUUGAUGUUUAUCUGCUCACCCCCAGGGCAUCCAAGGUGUAGGUGACUGUUCAGUAUAGCAUAAACAGAUAUUUUUAACUUAAACCAUUGCAGUCUAUCAGUCUUAUAAUGGAGGUAAAUGGGAAUCUCGGAUAAAACAUGCAAUAAAACAAAAAACCUAUGCAAAUAAAACCAAAUUAAACCCUGUGGUGCGUGACGAUACAUUGAUGUGUAAAGAGACAAAAUGAUUGGUCUGUGUAAAAAAAAAAAAACAGAACAAUUAUAUCGGUUUUUUUUCUUCUGAUUCAUGCAAUUCCUGAACUGUUAGAACUCUCCUGAGCACGUCUUCCUGUGUGUUUUCUCAAGCAGCCGUGCAAGGCGUCGUUGCCGUCUUGCUUUAUGGUGUAUCGCAGACUUCAAAAUACAUUACCGCCAUCUUUCUCUCAAAUGGACCAUUGACACCAUUAACUGAAAUUGUAGAUAGUAUCAAUGGUCCACUUGAGAGAUAUAGGUGGACUUAUAAGUCUGCGAUCUGCUGUAAAGCAAGAAGAAGAUGCCUCACAAGUCUGCUUUCUACCCGAGUUCUAACAGGUUGGACAUUUGCGUGAUUCAGAGGUGAAAAAAACUAUACAAAUACUGUUCAGUUUCAUGCAUAGACCAAUUGUUUUGUGUCUUUACACAUCGAUGUAUCAUCAAGAGCUGCAGGGUUUCAUUUGGUUUUGCUUGUUUGUUUUUUUUUUUUUUUUUUUUUUUUAUUGUAUGUUUUGGCCGUGAUUCCCAUCCACCUUCAUUAUAAGACUGAUAGACUGCAACGGUGAGUUAAAAAGUCUUGGUUUGUGUUCUACUGAAGAAACCGUCACCUACAUCUAGGAUGCCUUGUGGGGUAAGCAGAUAAACAUCAAAUACAAAUUUUUGGGUGAACUAUCCCUUUAACGCUAUAUUCUUUGCGAUAUAAACACACCUGAGAGAGGCUUACAACCUUGAACAGGUACCAAAAGAUAACAAGAAGAUCAUCACGACCACCUUUUCGUGUCCUCUUUUUAAGUGUUUGUCUUUUCAAGUCUUUGUUUUAUGUAAUGAGCCUCUGCAAACUAUUGUUUUGUUUAGUUUCCUUCAUGUUUAAUUUAAAAGGGGAUAUCUGGUGUGAGAGAGUCAGAGGUUUCAGGUGGGAGGGUGGGUUUUGUUUGAUAUCGGAGAGGAAUUGGGGCGUUUGGACCACUGACCCCAUUUUAGGAGGGCUUCUGUUACAAAUUCCAAACAUAUCUUACAGAAAAUGUUUAAGACAUUCUCCAUAAAAAAAGAAAGAAAAACUAAAGUAAAUAUAAAAAAAAAAAUGUUGGGGAAAAAA